CAGGCUAUUGGAACGGCAGGAAAUUGUCCUCAGCGUUGGAUUCUUGGCCUUAUCAUAGUGACGACCAGGCUGGGUGAUUACUUUGUGGGAGGAGUCGCACCGACAUGGCGCAUCAUUCCCAUUCUCGAAUUGCCCUCCGGUGGGUGCACUGGAUUAAGCAGCUGCGAUGGGUGGUACUGGGCUUAUGGUGCGUGGUGAUAGUCUUGGGGGCCACGUUCGGUCUGAAGUUCCUCGAUAUCACCGUCUCAGAUUUUCCGGCGCCAGCAGGAAGUCCCUCUCACGCCUCAGGCCAGGCUCUCUUGGAGUACUUCCCAGAGCAGGAGGGCGUGCUUCUCGAGACCCUGUUACUGCAGGCCUCCGCGGAUGUGACCCAGCCACCCCUCUCCACGUCCCUGGUCGCCUUCUACCACGCCUACGCGCAGAGCCUCACGAGCCACUAUGGGGCGUACCUGAAAGGGCCCAUCCUCUCCUACUACCUGCUGAACGCCUUCACGCCCGAGCUGGCCACGCCCCUGUUGGCCUCUGACAAU